AUGCAGGGCGAACACUUCAGUCUUCACAACACGGUAAGCUUCAUGUCCCUCGACGAAUUGGACUCCGACAACACCGCUUCAUACACAGCGGAAAACCCCAGUGACCAGACGAAGCAAGACGAUCUCAGCGUCACCGCAGCCGAGCGGUCCUCUAAAGCAUCUUCACUGAUACUAGGACCGCCCGAAACCACACCUAUAUCAUACCUCUCACAUUCGCACUCCUCUGCGAGCUUCGUGUCGCUGGAGCCGGUGGAGGAGCCCGCAGCGCUGCGUGCGCAGCAGGAGGAGGCGCCAGCGCUGCAGCGCGUCGGCACGCCGGUGGAGCCGCAGACGCGCCUCGCGGUCACGACACACCGGGUCCGUCUGGACGGUGAUCUGUGGGCGCGUGUCGUCGACGAGUGCCCGGACCUGCUCAAGCAGGAGUUCACAAGCGACGUCUGCGAUGCCACGGCGCUGCCGCGGACCUCGAUGCAGCGGCUGGUGUUCACAGCCGGCAGCCUCAUUGCCGACUUCCAGCUCUCGCAUGGAGGCCUAGCGAAGAAGGAGCUGAACAGGCAGCUUGCCAACUCGCCCUUCACCCGCACCUGGGCACUGUACGAGCGCGUCGCCGAGACGCGAGAGACGUCGCCCACCCGUGCCACGCCACCCGCUGCCCUCCGCGCCUCGGAGAGCUUCGCGUCGCUGGAGCCGGUGGAGGAGCCCGCAGCGCUGCGUGCGCAGCAGGAGGAGGCACUGGCGGCGGUGCCGAUGACGGCGUUCGAGGAGGAGGCGCCAGCGCUGCAGCGCGUCGGCACGCCGGUGGAGCCGCAGACGCGCCUCGCGGUCACGACACACCAGGUCCGUCUGGACGGUGAUCUGUGGGCGCGUGUCGUCGACGAGUGCCCGGACCUGCUCAAGCAGGAGUUCACAAGCGACGUCUGCGAUGCCACGGCGCUGCCGCGGACCUCGAUGCAGCGGCUGGUGUUCACAGCCGGCAGCCUCAUUGCCGACUUCCAGCUCUCGCAUGGAGGCCUAGCGAAGAAGGAGCUGAACAGGCAGCUUGCCAACUCGCCCUUCACCCGCACCUGGGCACUGUACGAGCGCGUCGCCGAGACGCGAGAGACGUCGCCCACCCGUGCCACGCCACCCGCUGCCCUCCGCGCCUCGGAGAGCUUCGCGUCGCUGGAGCCGGUGGAGGAGCCCGCAGCGCUGCGUGCGCAGCAGGAGGAGGCACUGGCGGCGGUGCCGAUGACGGCGUUCGAGGAGGAGGCGCCAGCGCUGCAGCGCGUCGGCACGCCGGUGGAGCCGCAGACGCGCCUCGCGGUCACGACACACCGGGUCCGUCUGGACGGUGAUCUGUGGGCGCGUGUCGUCGACGAGUGCCCGGACCUGCUCAAGCAGGAGUUCACAAGCGACGUCUGCGAUGCCACGGCGCUGCCGCGGACCUCGAUGCAGCGGCUGGUGUUCACAGCCGGCAGCCUCAUUGCCGACUUCCAGCUCUCGCAUGGAGGCCUAGCGAAGAAGGAGCUGAACAGGCAGCUUGCCAACUCGCCCUUCACCCGCACCUGGGCACUGUACGAGCGCGUCGCCGAGACGCGAGAGACGUCGCCCACCCGUGCCACGCCGCCCGCUGCCCUCCGCGCCUCGGAGGGCUUCGCGUCGCUGGAGCCGGUGGAGGAGCCCGCAGCGCUGCGUGCGCAGCAGGAGGAGGCGCCAGCGCUGCAGCGCGUCGGCACGCCGGUGGAGCCGCGAGGUGGUCAUUUCGAGGGGACUCCCCCGGUAGCCACCCGUAGCGUCACGCCGCCCGCUGCCCUCCGCGCCUCGGAGAGCUUCGCGUCGCUGGAGCCGGUGGAGGAGUCCGCAGCGCUGCGUGCGCAGCAGGAGGAGGAACCGGUGGCGGUGCCGAUGACGGCGUUCGAGAAGGAGGCGCCAGCGCUGCAGCGCGUCGGCACGCCGGUGGAGCCGCAGACGCGCCUCGCGGUCACGACACACCAGGUCCGUCUGGACGGUGAUCUGUGGGCGCGUGUCGUCGACGAGUGCCCGGACCUGCUCAAGCAGGAGUUCACAAGCGACGUCUGCGAUGCCACGGCGCUGCCGCGGACCUCGAUGCAGCGGCUGGUGCUUACAGCCGGCAGCCUCAUCGCCUACUUCCAGCUCUCGCAUGGAGGCCUCGCGAAGAAGGAGCUGAACAGGCAGCUUGCCAACUCGCCCUUCACCCGCACCUGGGCACUGUACGAGCGCGUCGCCGAGACGCGAGAGACGUCGCCCACCCGCGUCACGCCGCCCGCUGCCCUCCGCGCCUCGGAGAGCUUCGCGUCGCUGGAGCCGGUGGAGGAGCCCGCAGCGCUGCGUGCGCAGCAGGAGGAGGAACCGGUGGCGGUGCCGAUGACGGCGUUCGAGAAGGAGGCGCCAGCGCUGCAGCGCGUCGGCACGCCGGUGGAGCCGCAGACGCGCCUCGCGGUCACGACACACCAGGUCCGUCUGGACGGUGAUCUGUGGGCGCGUGUCGUCGACGAGUGCCCGGACCUGCUCAAGCAGGAGUUCACAAGCGACGUCUGCGAUGCCACGGCGCUGCCGCGGACCUCGAUGCAGCGGCUGGUGUUCACAGCCGGCAGCCUCAUUGCCGACUUCCAGCUCUCGCAUGGAGGCCUAGCGAAGAAGGAGCUGAACAGGCAGCUUGCCAACUCGCCCUUCACCCGCACCUGGGCACUGUACGAGCGCGUCGCCGAGACGCGAGAGACGUCGCCCACCCGUGCCACGCCGCCCGCUGCCCUCCGCGCCUCGGAGAGCUUCGCGUCGCUGGAGCCGGUGGAGGAGCCCGCAGCGCUGCGUGCGCAGCAGGAGGAGGCGCCAGCGCUGCAGCGCGUCGGCACGCCGGUGGAGCCGCAGACGCGCCUCGCGGUCACGACACACCGGGUCCGUCUGGACGGUGAUCUGUGGGCGCGUGUCGUCGACGAGUGCCCGGACCUGCUCAAGCAGGAGUUCACAAGCGACGUCUGCGAUGCCACGGCGCUGCCGCGGACCUCGAUGCAGCGGCUGGUGUUCACAGCCGGCAGCCUCAUUGCCGACUUCCAGCUCUCGCAUGGAGGCCUAGCGAAGAAGGAGCUGAACAGGCAGCUUGCCAACUCGCCCUUCACCCGCACCUGGGCACUGUACGAGCGCGUCGCCGAGACGCGAGAGACGUCGCCCACCCGUGCCACGCCGCCCGCUGCCCUCCGCGCCUCGGAGGGCUUCGCGUCGCUGGAGCCGGUGGAGGAGCCCGCAGCGCUGCGUGCGCAGCAGGAGGAGGCGCCAGCGCUGCAGCGCGUCGGCACGCCGGUGGAGCCGCAGACGCGCCUCGCGGUCACGACACACCGGGUCCGUCUGGACGGUGAUCUGUGGGCGCGUGUCGUCGACGAGUGCCCGGACCUGCUCAAGCAGGAGUUCACAAGCGACGUCUGCGAUGCCACGGCGCUGCCGCGGACCUCGAUGCAGCGGCUGGUGUUCACAGCCGGCAGCCUCAUCGCCGACUUCCAGCUCUCGCAUGGAGGCCUAGCGAAGAAGGAGCUGAACAGGCAGCUUGCCAACUCGCCCUUCACCCGCACCUGGGCACUGUACGAGCGCGUCGCCGAGACGCGAGAGACGUCGCCCACCCGUGCCACGCCGCCCGCUGCCCUCCGCGCCUCGGAGGGCUUCGCGUCGCUGGAGCCGGUGGAGGAGCCCGCAGCGCUGCGUGCGCAGCAGGAGGAGGCGCCAGCGCUGCAGCGCGUCGGCACGCCGGUGGAGCCGCAGACGCGCCUCGCGGUCACGACACACCGGGUCCGUCUGGACGGUGAUCUGUGGGCGCGUGUCGUCGACGAGUGCCCGGACCUGCUCAAGCAGGAGUUCACAAGCGACGUCUGCGAUGCCACGGCGCUGCCGCGGACCUCGAUGCAGCGGCUGGUGCUUACAGCCGGCAGCCUCAUUGCCGACUUCCAGCUCUCGCAUGGAGGCCUAGCGAAGAAGGAGCUGAACAGGCAGCUUGCCAACUCGCCCUUCACCCGCACCUGGGCACUGUACGAGCGCGUCGCCGAGACGCGAGAGACGUCGCCCACCCGUGUCACGCCGCCCGCUGCCCUCCGCGCCUCGGAGAGCUUCGCGUCGCUGGAGCCGGUGGAGGAGCCCGCAGCGCUGCGUGCGCAGCAGGAGGAGGCGCCAGCGCUGCAGCGCGUCGGCACGCCGGUGGAGCCGCAGACGCGCCUCGCGGUCACGACACACCGGGUCCGUCUGGACGGUGAUCUGUGGGCGCGUGUCGUCGACGAGUGCCCGGACCUGCUCAAGCAGGAGUUCACAAGCGACGUCUGCGAUGCCACGGCGCUGCCGCGGACCUCGAUGCAGCGGCUGGUGUUCACAGCCGGCAGCCUCAUCGCCGACUUCCAGCUCUCGCAUGGAGGCCUAGCGAAGAAGGAGCUGAACAGGCAGCUUGCCAACUCGCCCUUCACCCGCACCUGGGCACUGUACGAGCGCGUCGCCGAGACGCGAGAGACGUCGCCCACCCGUGCCACGCCGCCCGCUGCCCUCCGCGCCUCGGAGGGCUUCGCGUCGCUGGAGCCGGUGGAGGAGCCCGCAGCGCUGCGUGCGCAGCAGGAGGAGGCGCCAGCGCUGCAGCGCGUCGGCACGCCGGUGGAGCCGCGAGGUGGUCAUUUCGAGGGGACUCCCCCGGUAGCCACCCGUAGCGUCACGCCGCCCGCUGCCCUCCGCGCCUCGGAGAGCUUCGCGUCGCUGGAGCCGGUGGAGGAGUCCGCAGCGCUGCGUGCGCAGCAGGAGGAGGAACCGGUGGCGGUGCCGAUGACGGCGUUCGAGAAGGAGGCGCCAGCGCUGCAGCGCGUCGGCACGCCGGUGGAGCCGCAGACGCGCCUCGCGGUCACGACACACCAGGUCCGUCUGGACGGUGAUCUGUGGGCGCGUGUCGUCGACGAGUGCCCGGACCUGCUCAAGCAGGAGUUCACAAGCGACGUCUGCGAUGCCACGGCGCUGCCGCGGACCUCGAUGCAGCGGCUGGUGCUUACAGCCGGCAGCCUCAUCGCCUACUUCCAGCUCUCGCAUGGAGGCCUCGCGAAGAAGGAGCUGAACAGGCAGCUUGCCAACUCGCCCUUCACCCGCACCUGGGCACUGUACGAGCGCGUCGCCGAGACGCGAGAGACGUCGCCCACCCGCGUCACGCCGCCCGCUGCCCUCCGCGCCUCGGAGAGCUUCGCGUCGCUGGAGCCGGUGGAGGAGCCCGCAGCGCUGCGUGCGCAGCAGGAGGAGGAACCGGUGGCGGUGCCGAUGACGGCGUUCGAGAAGGAGGCGCCAGCGCUGCAGCGCGUCGGCACGCCGGUGGAGCCGCAGACGCGCCUCGCGGUCACGACACACCAGGUCCGUCUGGACGGUGAUCUGUGGGCGCGUGUCGUCGACGAGUGCCCGGACCUGCUCAAGCAGGAGUUCACAAGCGACGUCUGCGAUGCCACGGCGCUGCCGCGGACCUCGAUGCAGCGGCUGGUGCUUACAGCCGGCAGCCUCAUCGCCUACUUCCAGCUCUCGCAUGGAGGCCUAGCGAAGAAGGAGCUGAACAGGCAGCUUGCCAACUCGCCCUUCACCCGCACCUGGGCACUGUACGAGCGCGUCGCCGAGACGCGAGAGACGUCGCCCACCCGUGCCACGCCACCCGCUGCCCUCCGCGCCUCGGAGAGCUUCGCGUCGCUGGAGCCGGUGGAGGAGCCCGCAGCGCUGCGUGCGCAGCAGGAGGAGGAACCGGUGGCGGUGCCGAUGACGGCGUUCGAGAAGGAGGCGCCAGCGCUGCAGCGCGUCGGCACGCCGGUGGAGCCGCAGACGCGCCUCGCGGUCACGACACACCAGGUCCGUCUGGACGGUGAUCUGUGGGCGCGUGUCGUCGACGAGUGCCCGGACCUGCUCAAGCAGGAGUUCACAAGCGACGUCUGCGAUGCCACGGCGCUGCCGCGGACCUCGAUGCAGCGGCUGGUGCUUACAGCCGGCAGCCUCAUCGCCUACUUCCAGCUCUCGCAUGGAGGCCUCGCGAAGAAGGAGCUGAACAGGCAGCUUGCCAACUCGCCCUUCACCCGCACCUGGGCACUGUACGAGCGCGUCGCCGAGACGCGAGAGACGUCGCCCACCCGCGUCACGCCGCCCGCUGCCCUCCGCGCCUCGGAGAGCUUCGCGUCGCUGGAGCCGGUGGAGGAGCCCGCAGCGCUGCGUGCGCAGCAGGAGGAGGAACCGGUGGCGGUGCCGAUGACGGCGUUCGAGAAGGAGGCGCCAGCGCUGCAGCGCGUCGGCACGCCGGUGGAGCCGCAGACGCGCCUCGCGGUCACGACACACCAGGUCCGUCUGGACGGUGAUCUGUGGGCGCGUGUCGUCGACGAGUGCCCGGACCUGCUCAAGCAGGAGUUCACAAGCGACGUCUGCGAUGCCACGGCGCUGCCGCGGACCUCGAUGCAGCGGCUGGUGUUCACAGCCGGCAGCCUCAUUGCCGACUUCCAGCUCUCGCAUGGAGGCCUAGCGAAGAAGGAGCUGAACAGGCAGCUUGCCAACUCGCCCUUCACCCGCACCUGGGCACUGUACGAGCGCGUCGCCGAGACGCGAGAGACGUCGCCCACCCGUGCCACGCCGCCCGCUGCCCUCCGCGCCUCGGAGAGCUUCGCGUCGCUGGAGCCGGUGGAGGAGCCCGCAGCGCUGCGUGCGCAGCAGGAGGAGGCACUGGCGGCGGUGCCGAUGACGGCGUUCGAGGAGGAGGCGCCAGCGCUGCAGCGCGUCGGCACGCCGGUGGAGCCGCAGACGCGCCUCGCGGUCACGACACACCAGGUCCGUCUGGACGGUGAUCUGUGGGCGCGUGUCGUCGACGAGUGCCCGGACCUGCUCAAGCAGGAGUUCACAAGCGACGUCUGCGAUGCCACGGCGCUGCCGCGGACCUCGAUGCAGCGGCUGGUGUUCACAGCCGGCAGCCUCAUUGCCGACUUCCAGCUCUCGCAUGGAGGCCUAGCGAAGAAGGAGCUGAACAGGCAGCUUGCCAACUCGCCCUUCACCCGCACCUGGGCACUGUACGAGCGCGUCGCCGAGACGCGAGAGACGUCGCCCACCCGUGCCACGCCGCCCGCUGCCCUCCGCGCCUCGGAGGGCUUCGCGUCGCUGGAGCCGGUGGAGGAGCCCGCAGCGCUGCGUGCGCAGCAGGAGGAGGCGUCAGCGCUGCAGCGCGUCGGCACGCCGGUGGAGCCGCAGACGCGCCUCGCGGUCACGACACACCGGGUCCGUCUGGACGGUGAUCUGUGGGCGCGUGUCGUCGACGAGUGCCCGGACCUGCUCAAGCAGGAGUUCACAAGCGACGUCUGCGAUGCCACGGCGCUGCCGCGGACCUCGAUGCAGCGGCUGGUGUUCACAGCCGGCAGCCUCAUUGCCGACUUCCAGCUCUCGCAUGGAGGCCUAGCGAAGAAGGAGCUGAACAGGCAGCUUGCCAACUCGCCCUUCACCCGCACCUGGGCACUGUACGAGCGCGUCGCCGAGACGCGAGAGACGUCGCCCACCCGUGCCACGCCACCCGCUGCCCUCCGCGCCUCGGAGAGCUUCGCGUCGCUGGAGCCGGUGGAGGAGCCCGCAGCGCUGCGUGCGCAGCAGGAGGAGGCACUGGCGGCGGUGCCGAUGACGGCGUUCGAGGAGGAGGCGCCAGCGCUGCAGCGCGUCGGCACGCCGGUGGAGCCGCAGACGCGCCUCGCGGUCACGACACACCGGGUCCGUCUGGACGGUGAUCUGUGGGCGCGUGUCGUCGACGAGUGCCCGGACCUGCUCAAGCAGGAGUUCACAAGCGACGUCUGCGAUGCCACGGCGCUGCCGCGGACCUCGAUGCAGCGGCUGGUGUUCACAGCCGGCAGCCUCAUUGCCGACUUCCAGCUCUCGCAUGGAGGCCUAGCGAAGAAGGAGCUGAACAGGCAGCUUGCCAACUCGCCCUUCACCCGCACCUGGGCACUGUACGAGCGCGUCGCCGAGACGCGAGAGACGUCGCCCACCCGUGCCACGCCGCCCGCUGCCCUCCGCGCCUCGGAGGGCUUCGCGUCGCUGGAGCCGGUGGAGGAGCCCGCAGCGCUGCGUGCGCAGCAGGAGGAGGCGCCAGCGCUGCAGCGCGUCGGCACGCCGGUGGAGCCGCAGACGCGCCUCGCGGUCACGACACACCGGGUCCGUCUGGACGGUGAUCUGUGGGCGCGUGUCGUCGACGAGUGCCCGGACCUGCUCAAGCAGGAGUUCACAAGCGACGUCUGCGAUGCCACGGCGCUGCCGCGGACCUCGAUGCAGCGGCUGGUGCUUACAGCCGGCAGCCUCAUUGCCGACUUCCAGCUCUCGCAUGGAGGCCUAGCGAAGAAGGAGCUGAACAGGCAGCUUGCCAACUCGCCCUUCACCCGCACCUGGGCACUGUACGAGCGCGUCGCCGAGACGCGAGAGACGUCGCCCACCCGUGUCACGCCGCCCGCUGCCCUCCGCGCCUCGGAGAGCUUCGCGUCGCUGGAGCCGGUGGAGGAGCCCGCAGCGCUGCGUGCGCAGCAGGAGGAGGCGCCAGCGCUGCAGCGCGUCGGCACGCCGGUGGAGCCGCAGACGCGCCUCGCGGUCACGACACACCGGGUCCGUCUGGACGGUGAUCUGUGGGCGCGUGUCGUCGACGAGUGCCCGGACCUGCUCAAGCAGGAGUUCACAAGCGACGUCUGCGAUGCCACGGCGCUGCCGCGGACCUCGAUGCAGCGGCUGGUGCUUACAGCCGGCAGCCUCAUCGCCUACUUCCAGCUCUCGCAUGGAGGCCUCGCGAAGAAGGAGCUGAACAGGCAGCUUGCCAACUCGCCCUUCACCCGCACCUGGGCACUGUACGAGCGCGUCGCCGAGACGCGAGAGACGUCGCCCACCCGCGUCACGCCGCCCGCUGCCCUCCGCGCCUCGGAGAGCUUCGCGUCGCUGGAGCCGGUGGAGGAGCCCGCAGCGCUGCGUGCGCAGCAGGAGGAGGAACCGGUGGCGGUGCCGAUGACGGCGUUCGAGAAGGAGGCGCCAGCGCUGCAGCGCGUCGGCACGCCGGUGGAGCCGCAGACGCGCCUCGCGGUCACGACACACCAGGUCCGUCUGGACGGUGAUCUGUGGGCGCGUGUCGUCGACGAGUGCCCGGACCUGCUCAAGCAGGAGUUCACAAGCGACGUCUGCGAUGCCACGGCGCUGCCGCGGACCUCGAUGCAGCGGCUGGUGCUUACAGCCGGCAGCCUCAUCGCCUACUUCCAGCUCUCGCAUGGAGGCCUAGCGAAGAAGGAGCUGAACAGGCAGCUUGCCAACUCGCCCUUCACCCGCACCUGGGCACUGUACGAGCGCGUCGCCGAGACGCGAGAGACGUCGCCCACCCGUGCCACGCCACCCGCUGCCCUCCGCGCCUCGGAGAGCUUCGCGUCGCUGGAGCCGGUGGAGGAGCCCGCAGCGCUGCGUGCGCAGCAGGAGGAGGCGCCAGCGCUGCAGCGCGUCGGCACGCCGGUGGAGCCGCGAGGUGGUCAUUUCGAGGGGACUCCCCCGGUAGCCACCCGUAGCGUCACGCCGCCCGCUGCCCUCCGCGCCUCGGAGAGCUUCGCGUCGCUGGAGCCGGUGGAGGAGUCCGCAGCGCUGCGUGCGCAGCAGGAGGAGGAACCGGUGGCGGUGCCGAUGACGGCGUUCGAGGAGGAGGCGCCAGCGCUGCAGCGCGUCGGCACGCCGGUGGAGCCGCAGACGCGCCUCGCGGUCACGACACACCAGGUCCGUCUGGACGGUGAUCUGUGGGCGCGUGUCGUCGACGAGUGCCCGGACCUGCUCAAGCAGGAGUUCACAAGCGACGUUUGCGAUGCCACGGCGCUGCCGCGGACCUCGAUGCAGCGGCUGGUGUUCACAGCCGGCAGCCUCAUUGCCGACUUCCAGCUCUCGCAUGGAGGCCUAGCGAAGAAGGAGCUGAACAGGCAGCUUGCCAACUCGCCCUUCACCCGCACCUGGGCACUGUACGAGCGCGUCGCCGAGACGCGAGAGACGUCGCCCACCCGUGCCACGCCGCCCGCUGCCCUCCGCGCCUCGGAGAGCUUCGCGUCGCUGGAGCCGGUGGAGGAGUCCGCAGCGCUGCGUGCGCAGCAGGAGGAGGAACCGGUGGCGGUGCCGAUGACGGCGUUCGAGGAGGAGGCGCCAGCGCUGCAGCGCGUCGGCACGCCGGUGGAGCCGCAGACGCGCCUCGCGGUCACGACACACCGGGUCCGUCUGGACGGUGAUCUGUGGGCGCGUGUCGUCGACGAGUGCCCGGACCUGCUCAAGCAGGAGUUCACAAGCGACGUCUGCGAUGCCACGGCGCUGCCGCGGACCUCGAUGCAGCGGCUGGUGUUCACAGCCGGCAGCCUCAUUGCCGACUUCCAGCUCUCGCAUGGAGGCCUAGCGAAGAAGGAGCUGAACAGGCAGCUUGCCAACUCGCCCUUCACCCGCACCUGGGCACUGUACGAGCGCGUCGCCGAGACGCGAGAGACGUCGCCCACCCGUGCCACGCCGCCCGCUGCCCUCCGCGCCUCGGAGAGCUUCGCGUCGCUGGAGCCGGUGGAGGAGCCCGCAGCGCUGCGUGCGCAGCAGGAGGAGGCACUGGCGGCGGUGCCGAUGACGGCGUUCGAGGAGGAGGCGCCAGCGCUGCAGCGCGUCGGCACGCCGGUGGAGCCGCAGACGCGCCUCGCGGUCACGACACACCAGGUCCGUCUGGACGGUGAUCUGUGGGCGCGUGUCGUCGACGAGUGCCCGGACCUGCUCAAGCAGGAGUUCACAAGCGACGUCUGCGAUGCCACGGCGCUGCCGCGGACCUCGAUGCAGCGGCUGGUGUUCACAGCCGGCAGCCUCAUCGCCUACUUCCAGCUCUCGCAUGGAGGCCUAGCGAAGAAGGAGCUGAACAGGCAGCUUGCCAACUCGCCCUUCACCCGCACCUGGGCACUGUACGAGCGCGUCGCCGAGACGCGAGAGACGUCGCCCACCCGUGCCACGCCACCCGCUGCCCUCCGCGCCUCGGAGAGCUUCGCGUCGCUGGAGCCGGUGGAGGAGCCCGCAGCGCUGCGUGCGCAGCAGGAGGAGGCGCCAGCGCUGCAGCGCGUCGGCACGCCGGUGGAGCCGCGAGGUGGUCAUUUCGAGGGGACUCCCCCGGUAGCCACCCGUAGCGUCACGCCGCCCGCUGCCCUCCGCGCCUCGGAGAGCUUCGCGUCGCUGGAGCCGGUGGAGGAGUCCGCAGCGCUGCGUGCGCAGCAGGAGGAGGAACCGGUGGCGGUGCCGAUGACGGCGUUCGAGGAGGAGGCGCCAGCGCUGCAGCGCGUCGGCACGCCGGUGGAGCCGCAGACGCGCCUCGCGGUCACGACACACCGGGUCCGUCUGGACGGUGAUCUGUGGGCGCGUGUCGUCGACGAGUGCCCGGACCUGCUCAAGCAGGAGUUCACAAGCGACGUCUGCGAUGCCACGGCGCUGCCGCGGACCUCGAUGCAGCGGCUGGUGUUCACAGCCGGCAGCCUCAUUGCCGACUUCCAGCUCUCGCAUGGAGGCCUAGCGAAGAAGGAGCUGAACAGGCAGCUUGCCAACUCGCCCUUCACCCGCACCUGGGCACUGUACGAGCGCGUCGCCGAGACGCGAGAGACGUCGCCCACCCGCGUCACGCCGCCCGCUGCCCUCCGCGCCUCGGAGAGCUUCGCGUCGCUGGAGCCGGUGGAGGAGUCCGCAGCGCUGCGUGCGCAGCAGGAGGAGGAACCGGUGGCGGUGCCGAUGACGGCGUUCGAGAAGGAGGCGCCAGCGCUGCAGCGCGUCGGCACGCCGGUGGAGCCGCAGACGCGCCUCGCGGUCACGACACACCAGGUCCGUCUGGACGGUGAUCUGUGGGCGCGUGUCGUCGACGAGUGCCCGGACCUGCUCAAGCAGGAGUUCACAAGCGACGUCUGCGAUGCCACGGCGCUGCCGCGGACCUCGAUGCAGCGGCUGGUGCUUACAGCCGGCAGCCUCAUCGCCGACUUCCAGCUCUCGCAUGGAGGCCUAGCGAAGAAGGAGCUGAACAGGCAGCUUGCCAACUCGCCCUUCACCCGCACCUGGGCACUGUACGAGCGCGUCGCCGAGACGCGAGAGACGUCGCCCACCCGCGUCACGCCGCCCGCUGCCCUCCGCGCCUCGGAGAGCUUCGCGUCGCUGGAGCCGGUGGAGGAGCCCGCAGCGCUGCGUGCGCAGCAGGAGGAGGCACUGGCGGCGGUGCCGAUGACGGCGUUCGAGGAGGAGGCGCCAGCGCUGCAGCGCGUCGGCACGCCGGUGGAGCCGCAGACGCGCCUCGCGGUCACGACACACCAGGUCCGUCUGGACGGUGAUCUGUGGGCGCGUGUCGUCGACGAGUGCCCGGACCUGCUCAAGCAGGAGUUCACAAGCGACGUCUGCGAUGCCACGGCGCUGCCGCGGACCUCGAUGCAGCGGCUGGUGCUUACAGCCGGCAGCCUCAUCGCCUACUUCCAGCUCUCGCAUGGAGGCCUAGCGAAGAAGGAGCUGAACAGGCAGCUUGCCAACUCGCCCUUCACCCGCACCUGGGCACUGUACGAGCGCGUCGCCGAGACGCGAGAGACGUCGCCCACCCGUGCCACGCCACCCGCUGCCCUCCGCGCCUCGGAGAGCUUCGCGUCGCUGGAGCCGGUGGAGGAGCCCGCAGCGCUGCGUGCGCAGCAGGAGGAGGCGCCAGCGCUGCAGCGCGUCGGCACGCCGGUGGAGCCGCGAGGUGGUCAUUUCGAGGGGACUCCCCCGGUAGCCACCCGUAGCGUCACGCCGCCCGCUGCCCUCCGCGCCUCGGAGAGCUUCGCGUCGCUGGAGCCGGUGGAGGAGUCCGCAGCGCUGCGUGCGCAGCAGGAGGAGGAACCGGUGGCGGUGCCGAUGACGGCGUUCGAGGAGGAGGCGCCAGCGCUGCAGCGCGUCGGCACGCCGGUGGAGCCGCAGACGCGCCUCGCGGUCACGACACACCAGGUCCGUCUGGACGGUGAUCUGUGGGCGCGUGUCGUCGACGAGUGCCCGGACCUGCUCAAGCAGGAGUUCACAAGCGACGUUUGCGAUGCCACGGCGCUGCCGCGGACCUCGAUGCAGCGGCUGGUGUUCACAGCCGGCAGCCUCAUUGCCGACUUCCAGCUCUCGCAUGGAGGCCUAGCGAAGAAGGAGCUGAACAGGCAGCUUGCCAACUCGCCCUUCACCCGCACCUGGGCACUGUACGAGCGCGUCGCCGAGACGCGAGAGACGUCGCCCACCCGUGCCACGCCGCCCGCUGCCCUCCGCGCCUCGGAGAGCUUCGCGUCGCUGGAGCCGGUGGAGGAGUCCGCAGCGCUGCGUGCGCAGCAGGAGGAGGAACCGGUGGCGGUGCCGAUGACGGCGUUCGAGGAGGAGGCGCCAGCGCUGCAGCGCGUCGGCACGCCGGUGGAGCCGCAGACGCGCCUCGCGGUCACGACACACCAGGUCCGUCUGGACGGUGAUCUGUGGGCGCGUGUCGUCGACGAGUGCCCGGACCUGCUCAAGCAGGAGUUCACAAGCGACGUCUGCGAUGCCACGGCGCUGCCGCGGACCUCGAUGCAGCGGCUGGUGUUCACAGCCGGCAGCCUCAUUGCCGACUUCCAGCUCUCGCAUGGAGGCCUAGCGAAGAAGGAGCUGAACAGGCAGCUUGCCAACUCGCCCUUCACCCGCACCUGGGCACUGUACGAGCGCGUCGCCGAGACGCGAGAGACGUCGCCCACCCGUGCCACGCCACCCGCUGCCCUCCGCGCCUCGGAGAGCUUCGCGUCGCUGGAGCCGGUGGAGGAGCCCGCAGCGCUGCGUGCGCAGCAGGAGGAGGCACUGGCGGCGGUGCCGAUGACGGCGUUCGAGGAGGAGGCGCCAGCGCUGCAGCGCGUCGGCACGCCGGUGGAGCCGCAGACGCGCCUCGCGGUCACGACACACCGGGUCCGUCUGGACGGUGAUCUGUGGGCGCGUGUCGUCGACGAGUGCCCGGACCUGCUCAAGCAGGAGUUCACAAGCGACGUCUGCGAUGCCACGGCGCUGCCGCGGACCUCGAUGCAGCGGCUGGUGUUCACAGCCGGCAGCCUCAUUGCCGACUUCCAGCUCUCGCAUGGAGGCCUAGCGAAGAAGGAGCUGAACAGGCAGCUUGCCAACUCGCCCUUCACCCGCACCUGGGCACUGUACGAGCGCGUCGCCGAGACGCGAGAGACGUCGCCCACCCGCGUCACGCCGCCCGCUGCCCUCCGCGCCUCGGAGAGCUUCGCGUCGCUGGAGCCGGUGGAGGAGCCCGCAGCGCUGCGUGCGCAGCAGGAGGAGGCGCCAGCGCUGCAGCGCGUCGGCACGCCGGUGGAGCCGCGAGGUGGUCAUUUCGAGGGGACUCCCCCGGUAGCCACCCGUAGCGUCACGCCGCCCGCUGCCCUCCGCGCCUCGGAGAGCUUCGCGUCGCUGGAGCCGGUGGAGGAGUCCGCAGCGCUGCGUGCGCAGCAGGAGGAGGAACCGGUGGCGGUGCCGAUGACGGCGUUCGAGGAGGAGGCGCCAGCGCUGCAGCGCGUCGGCACGCCGGUGGAGCCGCAGACGCGCCUCGCGGUCACGACACACCAGGUCCGUCUGGACGGUGAUCUGUGGGCGCGUGUCGUCGACGAGUGCCCGGACCUGCUCAAGCAGGAGUUCACAAGCGACGUCUGCGAUGCCACGGCGCUGCCGCGGACCUCGAUGCAGCGGCUGGUGUUCACAGCCGGCAGCCUCAUUGCCGACUUCCAGCUCUCGCAUGGAGGCCUAGCGAAGAAGGAGCUGAACAGGCAGCUUGCCAACUCGCCCUUCACCCGCACCUGGGCACUGUACGAGCGCGUCGCCGAGACGCGAGAGACGUCGCCCACCCGUGCCACGCCACCCGCUGCCCUCCGCGCCUCGGAGAGCUUCGCGUCGCUGGAGCCGGUGGAGGAGCCCGCAGCGCUGCGUGCGCAGCAGGAGGAGGCACUGGCGGCGGUGCCGAUGACGGCGUUCGAGGAGGAGGCGCCAGCGCUGCAGCGCGUCGGCACGCCGGUGGAGCCGCAGACGCGCCUCGCGGUCACGACACACCGGGUCCGUCUGGACGGUGAUCUGUGGGCGCGUGUCGUCGACGAGUGCCCGGACCUGCUCAAGCAGGAGUUCACAAGCGACGUCUGCGAUGCCACGGCGCUGCCGCGGACCUCGAUGCAGCGGCUGGUGUUCACAGCCGGCAGCCUCAUUGCCGACUUCCAGCUCUCGCAUGGAGGCCUAGCGAAGAAGGAGCUGAACAGGCAGCUUGCCAACUCGCCCUUCACCCGCACCUGGGCACUGUACGAGCGCGUCGCCGAGACGCGAGAGACGUCGCCCACCCGCGUCACGCCGCCCGCUGCCCUCCGCGCCUCGGAGAGCUUCGCGUCGCUGGAGCCGGUGGAGGAGUCCGCAGCGCUGCGUGCGCAGCAGGAGGAGGCGCCAGCGCUGCAGCGCGUCGGCACGCCGGUGGAGCCGCGAGGUGGUCAUUUCGAGGGGACUCCCCCGGUAGCCACCCGUAGCGUCACGCCGCCCGCUGCCCUCCGCGCCUCGGAGAGCUUCGCGUCGCUGGAGCCGGUGGAGGAGUCCGCAGCGCUGCGUGCGCAGCAGGAGGAGGAACCGGUGGCGGUGCCGAUGACGGCGUUCGAGGAGGAGGCGCCAGCGUUGCAGCGCGUCGGCACGCCGGUGGAGCCGCAGACGCGCCUCGCGGUCACGACACACCAGGUCCGUCUGGACGGUGAUCUGUGGGCGCGUGUCGUCGACGAGUGCCCGGACCUGCUCAAGCAGGAGUUCACAAGCGACGUCUGCGAUGCCACGGCGCUGCCGCGGACCUCGAUGCAGCGGCUGGUGUUCACAGCCGGCAGCCUCAUUGCCGACUUCCAGCUCUCGCAUGGAGGCCUAGCGAAGAAGGAGCUGAACAGGCAGCUUGCCAACUCGCCCUUCACCCGCACCUGGGCACUGUACGAGCGCGUCGCCGAGACGCGAGAGACGUCGCCCACCCGUGCCACGCCGCCCGCUGCCCUCCGCGCCUCGGAGGGCUUCGCUUCGCUGGAGCCAGUGGAGGAGUCCGCAGCGCUGCGUGUGCAGGAGGAGGACGAGGCGCCGGCGGCCGAGCGUGCCGCUGAGCCGCAGGAGGCACCCGUGGCUGCCUCGACGGAGGUGCCGCCGGCACGCGAUCUCUGGCAGUCCAUCGCGGAGCCGGAGGGCUACUCGCGCGACGACCUCGGGUGUGCGGAGCCCGCGGCGCUGCAUGCGCAGGAGGAGGACGAGGCGCCGGCGGCCGAGCGUGCCGCUGAGCCGCAGGAGGCACCCGUGGCUGCCUCGACGGAGGUGCCGCCGGCACGCGAUCUCUGGCAGUCCAUCGCGGAGCCGGAGGGCGACUCGCGCGACGACCUCGGGUGUGCGGAGCCCGCGGCGCUGCAUGCGCAGGAGGAGGACGAGGCGCCGGCGGCCGAGCGUGCCGCUGAGCCGCAGGAGGCACCCGUGGCUGCCUCGACGGAGGUGCCGCCGGCACGCGAUCUCUGGCAGUCCAUCGCGGAGCCGGAGGGCUACUCGCGCGACGACCUCGGGUGUGCGGUGCCCGCGGCGCUGCAUGCGCAGGAGGAGGACGAGGCGCCGGCGGCCGAGCGUGCCGCUGAGCCGCAGGAGGCACCCGUGGCUGCCUCGACGGAGGUGCCGCCGGCACGCGAUCUCUGGCAGUCCAUCGCGGAGCCGGAGGGCUACUCGCGCGACGACCUCGGGUGUGCGGAGCCCGCGGCGCUGCAUGCGCAGGAGGAGGACGAGGCGCCGGCGGCCGAGCGUGCCGCGGAGCCGCAGGAGGCACCCGUGGCUGCCUCGACGGAGGUGCCGCCGGCACGCGAUCUCUGGCAGUCCAUCGCGGAGCCGGAGGGCUACUCGCGCGACGACCUCGGGUGUGCGGUGCCCGCGGCGCUGCAUGCGCAGGAGGAGGACGAGGCGCCGGCGGCCGAGCGUGCCGCGGAGCCGCAGGAGGCACCCGUGGCUGCCUCGACGGAGGUGCCGCCGGCACGCGAUCUCUGGCAGUCCAUCGCGGAGCCGGAGGGCUACUCGCGCGACGACCUCGGGUGUGCGGUGCCCGCGGCGCUGCAUGCGCAGGAGGAGGACGAGGCGCCGGUGGCCGAGCGUGCCGCUGAGCCGCAGGAGGCACCCGUGGCUGCCUCGACGGAGGUGCCGCCGGCACGCGAUCUCUGGCAGUCCAUCGCGGAGCCGGAGGGCGACUCGCGCGACGACCUCGGGUGUGCGGAGCCCGCGGCGCUGCAUGCGCAGGAGGAGGACGAGGCGCCGGCGGCCGAGCGUGCCGCGGAGCCGCAGGAGGCACCCGUGGCUGCCUCGACGGAGGUGCCGCCGGCACGCGAUCUCUGGCAGUCCAUCGCGGAGCCGGAGGGCUACUCGCGCGACGACCUCGGGUGUGCGGAGCCCGCGGCGCUGCAUGCGCAGGAGGAGGACGAGGCGCCGGCGGCCGAGCGUGCCGCUGAGCCGCAGGAGGCACCCGUGGCUGCCUCGACGGAGGUGCCGCCGGCACGCGAUCUCUGGCAGUCCAUCGCGGAGCCGGAGGGCUACUCGCGCGACGACCUCGGGUGUGCGGUGCCCGCGGCGCUGCAUGCGCAGGAGGAGGACGAGGCGCCGGCGGCCGAGCGUGCCGCGGAGCCGCAGGAGGCACCCGUGGCUGCCUCGACGGAGGUGCCGCCGGCACGCGAUCUCUGGCAGUCCAUCGCGGAGCCGGAGGGCUACUCGCGCGACGACCUCGGGUGUGCGGAGCCCGCGGCGCUGCAUGCGCAGGAGGAGGACGAGGCGCCGGCGGCCGAGCGUGCCGCGGAGCCGCAGGAGGCACCCGUGGCUGCCUCGACGGAGGUGCCGCCGGCACGCGAUCUCUGGCAGUCCAUCGCGGAGCCGGAGGGCUACUCGCGCGACGACCUCGGGUGUGCGGUGCCCGCGGCGCUGCAUGCGCAGGAGGAGGACGAGGCGCCGGUGGCCGAGCGUGCCGCUGAGCCGCAGGAGGCACCCGUGGCUGCCUCGACGGAGGUGCCGCCGGCACGCGAUCUCUGGCAGUCCAUCGCGGAGCCGGAGGGCUACUCGCGCGACGACCUCGGGUGUGCGGUGCCCGCGGCGCUGCAUGCGCAGGAGGAGGACGAGGCGCCGGCGGCCGAGCGUGCCGCGGAGCCGCAGGAGGCACCCGUGGCUGCCUCGACGGAGGUGCCGCCGGCACGCGAUCUCUGGCAGUCCAUCGCGGAGCCGGAGGGCUACUCGCGCGACGACCUCGGGUGUGCGGUGCCCGCGGCGCUGCAUGCGCAGGAGGAGGACGAGGCGCCGGUGGCCGAGCGUGCCGCUGAGCCGCAGGAGGCACCCGUGGCUGCCUCGACGGAGGUGCCGCCGGCACGCGAUCUCUGGCAGUCCAUCGCGGAGCCGGAGGGCUACUCGCGCGACGACCUCGGGUGUGCGGAGCCCGCGGCGCUGCAUGCGCAGGAGGAGGACGAGGCGCCGGCGGCCGAGCGUGCCGCUGAGCCGCAGGAGGCACCCGUGGCUGCCUCGACGGAGGUGCCGCCGGCACGCGAUCUCUGGCAGUCCAUCGCGGAGCCGGAGGGCUACUCGCGCGACGACCUCGGGUGUGCGGAGCCCGCGGCGCUGCAUGCGCAGGAGGAGGACGAGGCGCCGGCGGCCGAGCGUGCCGCUGAGCCGCAGGAGGCACCCGUGGCUGCCUCGACGGAGGUGCCGCCGGCACGCGAUCUCUGGCAGUCCAUCGCGGAGCCGGAGGGCUACUCGCGCGACGACCUCGGGUGUGCGGAGCCCGCGGCGCUGCAUGCGCAGGAGGAGGACGAGGCGCCGGCGGCCGAGCGUGCCGCGGAGCCGCAGGAGGCACCCGUGGCUGCCUCGACGGAGGUGCCGCCGGCACGCGAUCUCUGGCAGUCCAUCGCGGAGCCGGAGGGCUACUCGCGCGACGACCUCGGGUGUGCGGAGCCCGCGGCGCUGCAUGCGCAGGAGGAGGACGAGGCGCCGGCGGCCGAGCGUGCCGCUGAGCCGCAGGAGGCACCCGUGGCUGCCUCGACGGAGGUGCCGCCGGCACGCGAUCUCUGGCAGUCCAUCGCGGAGCCGGAGGGCGACUCGCGCGACGACCUCGGGUGUGCGGUGCCCGCGGCGCUGCAUGCGCAGGAGGAGGACGAGGCGCCGGCGGCCGAGCGUGCCGCUGAGCCGCAGGAGGCACCCGUGGCUGCCUCGACGGAGGUGCCGCCGGCACGCGAUCUCUGGCAGUCCAUCGCGGAGCCGGAGGGCUACUCGCGCGACGACCUCGGGUGUGCGGUGCCCGCGGCGCUGCAUGCGCAGGAGGAGGACGAGGCGCCGGCGGCCGAGCGUGCCGCUGAGCCGCAGGAGGCACCCGUGGCUGCCUCGACGGAGGUGCCGCCGGCACGCGAUCUCUGGCAGUCCAUCGCGGAGCCGGAGGGCUACUCGCGCGACGACCUCGGGUGUGCGGUGCCCGCGGCGCUGCAUGCGCAGGAGGAGGACGAGGCGCCGGCGGCCGAGCGUGCCGCGGAGCCGCAGGAGGCACCCGUGGCUGCCUCGACGGAGGUGCCGCCGGCACGCGAUCUCUGGCAGUCCAUCGCGGAGCCGGAGGGCUACUCGCGCGACGACCUCGGGUGUGCGGUGCCCGCGGCGCUGCAUGCGCAGGAGGAGGACGAGGCGCCGGUGGCCGAGCGUGCCGCUGAGCCGCAGGAGGCACCCGUGGCUGCCUCGACGGAGGUGCCGCCGGCACGCGAUCUCUGGCAGUCCAUCGCGGAGCCGGAGGGCGACUCGCGCGACGACCUCGGGUGUGCGGUGCCCGCGGCGCUGCAUGCGCAGGAGGAGGACGAGGCGCCGGCGGCCGAGCGUGCCGCUGAGCCGCAGGAGGCACCCGUGGCUGCCUCGACGGAGGUGCCGCCGGCACGCGAUCUCUGGCAGUCCAUCGCGGAGCCGGAGGGCUACUCGCGCGACGACCUCGGGUGUGCGGAGCCCGCGGCGCUGCAUGCGCAGGAGGAGGACGAGGCGCCGGCGGCCGAGCGUGCCGCGGAGCCGCAGGAGGCACCCGUGGCUGCCUCGACGGAGGUGCCGCCGGCACGCGAUCUCUGGCAGUCCAUCGCGGAGCCGGAGGGCUACUCGCGCGACGACCUCGGGUGUGCGGUGCCCGCGGCGCUGCAUGCGCAGGAGGAGGACGAGGCGCCGGCGGCCGAGCGUGCCGCUGAGCCGCAGGAGGCACCCGUGGCUGCCUCGACGGAGGUGCCGCCGGCACGCGAUCUCUGGCAGUCCAUCGCGGAGCCGGAGGGCGACUCGCGCGACGACCUCGGGUGUGCGGUGCCCGCGGCGCUGCAUGCGCAGGAGGAGGACGAGGCGCCGGCGGCCGAGCGUGCCGCUGAGCCGAAGAUCUUUGGAGUUAUUGGAACGGAGGAGAUAAGGGAGGAUGCUAUGGGUGAAGAUGAAGCCGAGGUGAGCUGUUUAGUUACGUCUGUUUCUCCGCGGUGUUCUUUAGUGGGCACGUCGGGUUCGGUCGAAUCUAUAUCGGGAGCCCUGUCGGGGAUGCAGCUGGUGGAUCUAAAGCCGUCCAAGCCCCGAGUAACUCAGCAUAAGGUGAAGUUGCAGGGACGGCACUGGGUCAAAGUGAUUUUUUUGCCGGUGGUCACGGAAGCGUUUCGCGAGGAUGUGGCCCACGCGCUUGAUGUACGCGUGGGGGAUAUUCAGCACGUGGAGCUGGCAUCGGGAAGCUUGGUAGGUACUUUUGUUGUGGUGCAUGCAUUUGAUUUUCUAACGGCUUCCGAGGUGGACGAGAAGUUGUGCGCGUACCAUUUUCCGCUGACUUGGGAGCACUACCCGAAGUCGCCCGACACGACGACAGGCCACUUCUUUGAGGGCGAGGCUCUGUCUACGAUUCGUCGCACAUCACGCUGCAUUAACUCAGCAUUAAAGUGCCGAUUACCACCCGCUGAUACUGAGCUGUCCCGGCCCACCUCGGCUGCUCUGAAGCCGCAUCCUCCGCCGCGGGCUGCUCAAGAGGCGUCGAGGAGCACGUUGUCGUCGGGUGGUCGUACUUGCUCUGCGGCGGCUAGCUCACCUGCGGUGCGAGAGAGCCUUCCUGUGGUGCCUGCGGUGCAUGGAGCUCCUCCUGCCAUGGAGAAACGGACGUCGGCAAGCAACCUUUCCUCUCCGAUGGAACACCAUUACGCGGGGAACGAUGGGAGUGAGUCAUCGAUGAGGUUGUCGCGGAAAACGGCGCCGGCACCGGUAGCAAAGGCCGUGAGGGCGCCGGCGGCUCCUGAGACAGUGAGCACGAAGCACCGCGUCGGCUUUGUGGGGAACCAGUGGUACACAAUCCUGAAGACGCAGAGGGACAACUUCGUGGCCGCGUUCGUGAAGGGCACUGGCGAGAAGCUAGGUUAUGAACCGGACUCGGUGACCAAGGUGCAGUGCGACGAGAACACAGGCGACACCAUCGUCAGCUUUCGUGUCACCCACCCAAGCGUACUGCCGAGAAAGCAGAUCGACUUGGUACUCCGUAGUGCUCCCUACACCGAUGUGUGGAAGCUGUACUACAAGAACGCCCCGCCAGAGGAACAGAAGACGAUGCACAAUGGCGUUAAAACAUUUCAUCGCGUCGGUUUUGUCGGGAGCAAGUGGAAGGAAGUAAAGAACCGUGGCAUAGCUCGCUUUAUCGAGGCGUUCGCAGCUGACACGGCAACUGCCCUGAAUGUAACCCCGCAAGCGGUGCACAUCGCCGACUACGCGGUGGCCGAUGACAUCGUGGUGGAUUUCUAUGUUACCCACCCGGGGACAGACUCAGCGGAAGUAAUUGAUGGUAAGCUCGAGCAGUUCGACUACCAGCGCGUUUGGGACCUCUACGGAAUCCCGAGCGAGGUGGACGAGCAGCAGCGCGUCGUUCCGUGCGUUAUGAAAUGCAGCAACGCGUCCCGCCGAACAUCGCCUUCCUCCACCUGCCGACUACGGAUGCCCGACACGAACUCCGUUUCCCAAGUCGACAGCUUCUGCCCGAGGUGUCAGCGGCGGUUGUCCUCGAAACAGGAGUUUCUACAACCCGACGAGAGUAGUGGCUGGCAUCCACAGCCUAUGCACAGUCACACUAGCUCCAUCAGUGAUGCAGUCCGCACCGCGCUGAUGGAGGACAGCUACUCGGCGAUCCGCAAGCCAUCGUCGACACCGCCGCUCCCACACCUGGCGCACCGGUACGCUCCACACCAAAAGUUGGAAGGGCAAGCUUCGCAGCAGCCGAGCGCGUAUCAAACGCGUGGUAUAUCACUCAUGCGCGUCGCACAGAUGACCUCGCGUGUACCGUGGCACACAAGUGUCAACAGCAGUCUCAUUCCGCAUCCCCCGCGACAGCGCUCCCUCAGCAACACUACACGUUAUCGUCAGCGUCGCGUCAAUCUACGCGAACUGGAGAGCGAGCUGUCGCGUAAACAACGCCAGCACAAGCACCAGGAACGCCAGAAGCAGCUCGAUCGCGAGAUGCGCCGGUCUCUCAACUACAGCAAGUUGUCGCUGCCCACCGGCUCCACUACCAACGUGUCAGGGAGCUUCCUGCCGCCCAUUCCACCGUGUUACACAAAGGUCCGCACAGGUCCGCAGCGCAUGAAAAGAGGGAUGGGCUCUCUGCUGGAGUAG